AUGUUGUCGUAUCCUGAAGUGGUGGUUGAACAGGCUCAGGUUAAUAAGGGUAAGGCUAAAGAAAGUGAACAAGUUGCAGAACAGGUGGUACCUCUUGCGCCACAAAAUUCCAACAAAGAACAACCAUCAAGCAGUGGACAAAGACUGAUGCCUGCACCAUUCCCUCAGAGACUGGACCUUUCCACAGUAACUUUGACACAGACAUGCAGCGGGGUAGUGACAAGACCCAUGGCUCAAAAGAUGUCUGAUCCAGGUAGGUUCACUAUUCCGUGUACUAUUGGGAGUUAUGCUUUUGUAAAUGCAUUGUAUGACUUAGGAGCCAACAUAAACUUGACGCCUUUGGCAAUAUAUACAAAACUAGGCUUUGGCAGAGCUAGACCGACUUCGAUGCAAUUGCAACUGGCUGACCGCACGGUUAAAAGACCGAUGGGGAUUCUUGAUGAUAUGCUGGUACAAGUGGGAAAGUUUGUAUUCCCUACAGACUUUAUUAUUCUUGACUGCCAGGUGGAUGAGGAGAUACCCAUCAUUCUGGGGAGGCCAUUCUUAGCCACUGGGAGAGCAUUGAUUGAUUGUAAAACUGGGGAAUUAAAAAUGAGAUUGAACGAUGAAGAAGUAAUAUUCAAUGUUCAACAAUCUAUGAGGAGACCCAGUGAAUAUGCAAAUUGCUCACUUAUGGAAGUUGUGGAUGUGAUCCUGCAUGAAGAUGAUGACACCCUGAAUGCCAAAGAUCCAUUGGGAGCUUGUUGGACAAAUUUAGAGGAUAUGGAUGGUGAAGGGUUGGCAGAGUGGGUCAUGGCACUCGAAGGCCAAAGAUUCUGGAAGAGGGAACUUCAGUUUGAGCCCCUUGAUUUAAAAAAGAAAGCUACACCACCUUCAAAACCAUCAAUAGAGGAAUUACCACAGUUGGAGCUGAAACCGCUUCCAGCCCACCUUAAGUAUGCGUUCUUGGGUCCCAAUUCUACCUUGCCUGUUAUUAUAUCAUCUGGUUUGCUAGUUGUGCAGGUAGAACAAUUACUGCAAGUGUUGCAGGAAUGA